AUGGACAUCGAACAUGUCUUUCAAAGCUUUCCUGAACUCAGUAGGGACGCAGUCGAGAAUGCCUUGGCGGACUCCCUUCACGAGAUGCUUAACACGACUUGCAAAAAUGCGCACGAUAUCCACGAGGAGCACAGGAAGCUUCAAGCCGAGCUAUCCGGUCAGGAGUACCAACCCUUGCUUUCCAAAGGGACCGAUAUCCCGGAAUAUGUUCCGAUACAGUUAUUGAAGGAUAACAUCCAUACCAAUGGCUUAGACCCUGAUAAAUGGCGGAGUACCAUUCAAGCACAUGCGACCACGAAACUUGAGGCAUACGUUUCGUCGAUAUCGGAUCCUGCAAUCGCAAAGUCCUCAUUCGAUGCAGUUGAACGAUUCAAGGCAUCGUUAUUGUUGGCACCCUCCGCGUCUACCUCUGUCGAUAGGCUGCUUCUCAUAUCAGAUCGGAUGGCCAAUCGAAACCUGGAGGAGGUAGCGUCCUCGGGGAGUGAGGAAACAUUGGCUGAACCUCUUUUAGCCGUAUCCAAGCUGGCACACAUCGUCAAAGACGACGUAUCUCUGCAGGGAAUCAUUAUCAUUCCCUUUGCCGCCCUCCUGCUGCUAGUGAUCGGAUCGGCCUUAUACAUGGAGCUGAUCCUCCUGUCCAGUCGAUACGGCCAUUCAUUUCGUGUGGUCCUACAAACCGAUGAGACAGCUUUCCGAGAGGCUGUGCGCCAGCUGAAGGAGAAGAUCGCGCAGGAAACUGCUCAGCAAGAACAGCGGGAUCAAGCUAAUCGUGAUCUUCGGGAGAAACAAAAGCGGAAGCAGGCGGAGCGAAACCGGAAGCGAGACAAGAAACGCGAGGAUGACGAACAGAAGGCCAAGCGCAAAGACUACUACUACGGCUCUGUCGCCAUGAUUAUCCCUCUGGAAGGGCGUUCCGGAGAUCCUCGCGGCUACGCAGUCCGUAUCGAAGCCGUCAAGGAAAACCUCCUUGGUGACGACGAAGUGCUUCAAAAGAUCAAGAGAAUUACUGUCGCUGAUAACAUCAUUCCUGCUGCGUCCACCAGCAUUUACUGCCUCGAGAUCUAUUGUCAUAGCUUGCCUUCGGGCAUUAAAGCCGGCACCUGGGUUAACCUCGAGCUGGACAUGAAAGCUGCAACUCCUGCAACAUACGCGCCUGUCCUUCCGCCUGAAGGUAGCUUCGAUAAUGGUCUUUGCUGGGUCGAAGUAACAUCCCCUUAUGCCUCAUUUACUGGUGGAGCCCUGUCUAACUUUGGAAAGACUGACAACGGCUUCAAAGCAACUGUGGACAUGGCGAAGAUUACGCUUGACGUCCCUAAGACAGCUUUGGACAAGCUGCAAAUUUUGUUCGAGCGAUGUCAGGCUAUCCGUCAUAAUAUCACCAACUUCUUCCGUCUGUCGGACGUCAUUUCAAAGAAGUCAAUAUCUCUUAGUCAGUACAAAGUGGCAGAUCAUUAUGCCAUGGCAAAUGUGGGGCAAGCAGCCGCGGGCUGGAUCGGUUCGACUAAGGAGAAAUGGGGUAUCAUAUCCGACUAUGGCUUCGGCAAAGGAGAUCGUGACUUCACCGACAUGAUUGAUCACUUCCUUCGACAGACCCAGGAUAUGCCGGUGAUCUUAUCCCAUUGGGAUCGCGACCAUUAUCGGAUUGCUGACUCUGGACGGGCCAAGCUCGUUCGUGGCACCGGCCUAUGUCCUACACUACGCCAUUGGGUUGUCCCCGAUCAACCGUUGACAGCGAAAGCUUUCGAACUGGCUUGCUCAAUACAUGCUCAAGGGCUGUUAGAAUGGUGCACCACCGAUGAAUACGGCCCAGCCGGAGGAAACUGGCGGAUACUCAGAUGCCAGUCAACUGAUAAGGACGACAAGAAUAAUUCUGGCGCACUGGCAUUGGUAGUCGGACUGCAGGAUGACGAUCGUCCGCUACUCUAUCCUGGUGACGCAAACUACGAGUACAUUCACAAUAUCUCCGAGCUCGAUGGCAAGCUCUACUAUGUCAUCGCAACCCAUCAUGGCAGCGAGGCAUCACUGAAGGUCAAGUAUGGAGGUCUCGGUGACUCUAUUCCUCGGUCUGUCGGAAGUGCAGGGGAUCCAGCUGUGUACUUUUCCUUUGGGAAAGGGAACUCGUACGGUCACUCCGUCGAAAGGGUUGUGAACCUGUACAAGGCCCAGGGGUAUAAGAAAGCCUAUGCAACUGCAGACUUGGCAUCAGACGAAGAUCUCUUGAUAGUCGGCAUUGGUCCCAAUGUUCUUUCACAGCUGCCUAAUCCACGUCCCAUACCCGGAGUUUCUGAGGAUAUUGCCAUUUAUCACGACAUUGAAUCUUACUUUGCUUUCAUGAAUGGACCUUCGAAGUCGACGGACGCCCCCAAAGUUCCUAGGGACAACUCUGCUCCGCCCAUUGUGACUGACACAAUCACUCUCGAUGGCGCUGAGCAUGACCCGCUUGCACUGUUCGCCAUUAGAGACGAGUGGCAGCAAAUCGUCAAAUAUCGCGUCCUCGCGCGCAAGCUGAUCAUGCGAAAUUGUCCUCUCACCGUCAAAUGCGAAAGUGAUGUCCCGAUACAGGUCCUGCUCCAAUGCGAAGACAUUGAGCUAUAUGCAACCACGGCAGCAGCAAGCACACCUGAAGCAUUUCCCGUUGUCCUCUUCGAUGUGCGAUCAGGAGAUCCAUGGGGUGGCUACGCAGAUAUGGGCGGGCAGGCCAUGGCAGGAAAUGACGGGUACAUGGGCGGUUUCGUGGAUAUACGUGUCACAGGAAAUUGGCUCGUUCAAAUCGCCGACAAAAGUGUCUACAAAAGCGGCGAGCCUGAGCAGCUCAGGCUCCAUCUUGAAAUCCAAUAUCGAGGUGGGGUUGGUGGCACAGGAGAGAAAGGUGCUCAUGGUCAAGCUGGCGCCGAUGGUGUGAACGGCACCAGCGACAAGUGUGUUGUUGAUACCAAUUUUGACCCCUGGUCUGGAAUGACAGGUUAUUCCUAUUCUGUUAUUGGCGGUGCUCGAGCAACAGCGGGAGGCACGGGAGGCACGGGGGGUACAGGUGGUAGCGGAGGACGACCGUCGACAUUCCCCGUCUCUCAAAUAAUUGCGACAAAGACCAAGGUUCCGGACUGGCUACAGAGUAACACCACCGGCCAUUGUUUUACAGUGUCUGUGGCUUUGUUGAACAAUGACGGAGUGCAGUUCGGAGCACAAGGCAAAGGAGGUCCUGGAGGCGAAGGAGGACGAGGGGGCCAUGGAGGAAUUCAAGGGAAACGAUUCCAGGCGUAUCAGUUUCCUGGAGGCUUCACGGAGCUCAAGGACGAGCAGAGUGUGAAGCCCGCCCCGGAUGGCGCGUCAGGGCCCACUGGUUACCCAGGACCAGACUCUGGAGUGAACCCCGUGGAUCACGGGAAGCUAGAACCCAGAGUUAUCAUCUGCGAGACCGAAGAAGAGACUCACGAGCGCCUGAUGGAGGAUGAGUUUGUAUGACUGGCCCAUGUUCUCAAAGCCGUGCUGCAGUUUGACAUGGUAGGACAACGUGUCCCCUCGAUUGCAUCUCGCGGAACGCUGCAAGGGAGGCAGUCGAUCCAUGCUUGACUCGCAUACCGAAUGUCAGCAGUAUUGCCACAAUACAAUGUUUUUGGCGGAAGGACUCGGUC